AUGUGCGCCAAUGAGCAGUUGCUGGAAUUCGGCGAGACGGGCGUGAGCGACCCUUACGAGCAAUUUCUGGCCACUAUGCUCCUCGAUCUCCACUUUUCUCACAUCGAAUUUUUAUUGUCUUGGAACGAAGCCAUGUGGCAGAACGAGCUGCUUCAAUUCGAGCUGGCCAAGCAGCUCGCCCUCUUCCGCCGCGGCUACAAGCCGAUCGUGUACUGCCAGAAGAUCGCCCGACAGCUAUUUCAAGUACUUUUGGUACGUUUAAAAGUACGUAAAAUGGUCGAGGAAGUACGAGAACCACUGUGGGCUGCGUGCGGUUCAAAAGACGGAUGGACCUCUCAACUGUCCCAGCUGCUGGGAAUGAUUCGUCCCGACCUCGUCGAAAGCUCGAGCGAGAAGAUUUUCGCCUGGUUAGGACAAGGGUUGAAGAACCAGCGCGGAGAUUUCAUCGAGGUUUUUCUUAGCUGUGUAGUAUCGACACCGAUGAAGCAAGGAGUAUACGCGCGUCUCUUCAGCCACAUAAAUGCCAGAGAUGAGGAGAUUGGCCGAAAGUUUAUCGAAAAACUCGGCGUGGAAAUCUCGACGCUCAUCGAGACAAGAAAAUGGCAGAAACUGAUCGAUAUGGUCCGGUUCCUCUGCUUGCUCAGCGUAAAUGGCACAGUUACACCGGAUUCGAUUUUGGACAGCGCGAACAACUUCAUCGAUGGCGCAAAUUUCUGGAUGCACAAUAGCCCGCAGCGCGCCAAUACAUUCGGAAGAGCUGUCAUUGCCGCGAUUUCUACUCUCGGACGCAGAAUGUACUGCGACAAUCCCGUUAAGCUGCAGUCUUUGAUGAAGCGAGUUGAAGAAUACACGCAGGAAGCAGCCAAAAUACGUGGAACGUUCGACUCGAAGCUGUCCGACGACGCGUUUGAUCAUCAGCAGCUCUUACGCGAAUGGAAGCAUUUGCAAGCCCUGCAACAUGAAGGAUGGAGCUCUUUGAACUUCUACGAAACGCUGAUUCUUGAUGGCGCCGAUUCGCAUGAGAUGCCGAAUAUUAUGCAGGCGAUCUUGAACUCGACCGAUCAGCAGGAUCCGCAGGAUCUUGUGCAAGGACACCGGAUUGAGCGUCUACUCAGUUACAUCGGCUUGUCAGCAUCCACUCCUGGAACUCGUUCGCAGAAAGACCUCGUCCUCGUUUCCGCUUUCUCGUUGGGCAUCUUCGUCGGCUAUUGUUGCGGCAAAGCGGCGGAUUCAAUGUUCAAGGAUACUAUGUUCGAAAUUGCCUGCACUUGCUUGGGCUUUGCGUUCUUACUUUUAAUACCCUGCCUAUUCUUGUUCCGCCUGUUUUGUUUCUCCAAACGAGAUUGU